GGUGCACCUGGGGAGACCCUUCUCCCUAAAGCAAGGCAGGGCACAGUUGUUGCCUAUAUGGCCUUAGAGUUGUUGAACACAGGAUUUUACAAAUGGUGUCUGAGGAGAGAACUUUGUCCUCAAAUGCAUCUAAAUAAAGGGAGCAGAAAAAGCAAAACAAGCAGUUUCCCUCUUUCUCAGUACAUUGGUCUCCAAAUCAAACAUCUAUUUCUUGUAGAAAUACACCUUCUUCCCUGCAUGGACAAUAUGGCUGAGAAGCAGAUUAACAACUUAGACUGGUCCACAAAAGCCUCCUGUGUCCCCUCCUCCAAAACAACCUGACUUCCCAUCUACUUCUGGGGGGGGGGGGCUGGUCUUGACUUUGAAGCCUUUCCCCAUGGUAGCUGCAGCCCCCUUCCCAGAUCUCACCUGACUGAUGUGCAGCAGGUCUACCUCUGGGCCCUGGUCUUAGAUUUUGGGGACGAACAAACGGACUGACUGAGCACUUAUCCUUUAAAUAUGUGUGGUAUGGUAAAAGGAUGUGCAUGCCUAUAAAAUAACCAGAGCCCUUGCCACUGCAGGUAUGACGGACAUAGGAGCCUAGGUGAAAGAGCAAACUGCCAGGCAAGCUAGGGAAGAGCUCUAUUCCAGCUGAAGGCUUGACCACUGUCUUAUACUGUCUUAGGGAAACCAGGAGGUACCUGAGGGAUGAUUUACCUUUCCUGGUGACCUCUCCACUUUGCCCCAGUUAGAAGUGUGAGUGGCUCCUGAGAACUUUGUCACAGACACUCUGCUUUGGUUGCCACUUCAGGCUUGAGAACAUUCUGCAUGUGGGGAAGGAGCACUGCCCCAGAGCCUGUGGACCAUCACCUAGGAGAUGAGUGGGGAAGUCAAAGCAGAGGCUGAUUUUUGCCUCCGGCUCUUCAGAGCCAGCUAUCUCUUCCCUGUCUGUCAGCUGCCUGCAUGAAGGGAAGGCAUCAGCCUAUAAUAGUUAAAGUUUUUAGGACCACCUACAGGUGCAGCUAUAGGCUCUGGCUGUCUUUAACUCUGGUACAGAGAGAAUCAUGGGCUCUGAAUAGGAGGAACAUGAGCUUUAGGGGGCAUUUGGGGUAUAGAAGUUUAAUGAUCAUGUAAACAAUGGGGGAAGGAAGUCAUGGUCUACUAGAUUCUCAAAGGCUGAUGAAUUAUCUUUGUGACUUACUGCUUUCUGAGAUGACCUUAAUGAGAAGUUGUGCAAUUGUUUGAAAGCCAGGGUUCUGCAGAUGGUUUGAAUAAAAUGACUAGAGAUUUGUCCAUAAUGCUCUUAAAGGAUAGUGUGCUGGCUCAGCCCCUUCUCUCUUGGCUACAUUUGAAGACUAGGAGUUGGAGAGUACAAGACUUAAGGAAUAAGAAUUGGGAGGGGGGGGCACUUGGAUUCUAGAAGCUCCCAGAUGUUUUGACUUUUGUUUCCUUUUCUUCAGCAACCAACCAGUGGUUCAUCCCAGCUGUGAGAGGGGAUAUCCCUCCAGGGUGUGCAGCCUAUGGCUUUGUGUGUGAUGGUACUCGCCUAUUGGUGUUUGGUGGAAUGGUAGAGUAUGGAAAAUACAGCAACGACCUCUAUGAACUCCAGGCAAGUCGCUGGGAAUGGAAGAGACUGAAGGCAAAGACACCCAAAAAUGGGCCUCCUCCAUGUCCUCGGCUUGGACAUAGCUUCUCCCUUGUGGGUAACAAAUGUUACCUGUUUGGGGGUCUGGCCAAUGAUAGUGAGGACCCCAAGAACAACAUUCCGAGGUACCUGAAUGACUUAUAUAUUCUCGAACUACGGCCGGGCUCUGGAGUGGUAGCUUGGGACAUCCCCAUCACUUACGGUGUCCUGCCUCCACCCCGGGAGUCACAUACUGCUGUGGUCUACACUGAAAAAGAUAACAAGAAAUCCAAGCUGGUGAUCUAUGGAGGGAUGAGUGGCUGCAGGCUAGGGGACCUUUGGACCCUGGACAUUGAGACACUGACAUGGAAUAAGCCCAGCCUUAGUGGGGUGGCACCCCUUCCUCGCAGCCUCCACUCUGCAACCACCAUAGGAAACAAGUGAGUAUCUGCUCUUUUCUUCUCUGACCUGAGCUGCCCCUAAGUCUGAAGGUUUCUUAAGUCAGUUUUGUCAACUGUCCCUCAUUCCCAAGGAGG